CCUCUCUGACCCCUCCAGUUUUUACUACAACCUUCUCACUCAGCUCAUUCUCUCCAUCAGUUUUCACCGUAGCAUCUCCCUCUCAACCAUGGCGGGUCAACAGGGCGAGACGAAAGAUGAGAUGGUGGUGAGCUUGAAGACCAUCAGGAAGACCCACGUCAAGCCCAGGAAGAAGCUCGGGAGGAGCGAGUGCCAGCUGGUCACGUUCGAUCUCCCCUACCUGGCGUUUUAUUACAACCAGAAGCUGCUGUUCUACAAGGGGGGCGACUUCGAGGGCAUGGUGGCGAAGCUCAAGGACGGACUGGAGCUGGUGCUCGAGGAGUUUUACCAGCUCGCCGGCAAGCUCGGGAAGGACGAGGAAGGGGUGUUCAGGGUAGAGUACGACGACGACAGCGCGGACGGUGUCGAGGUGGUGGAGGCGGUGGCGGAGGCGGUCGCGGUGGAGGACCUGGCGGCCGAGGAGGGCACCAGCAUCUUCAAGGACUUGAUUCCUUGCAAUGCCAUCCUCAACUUGGAGGGGCUUCAGAGGCCUUUGCUGGCCAUUCAGUUGACCAAGCUGAAGGACGGGCUAGCCAUUGGGUGCGCGUUCAACCACGCCAUCCUCGACGGGACCUCCACGUGGCACUUCAUGAGCUCGUGGGCCCAGCUCUGCAGCGGCUCGCCCGCCGUCUCGGCCCCGCCCUUCCUCGACCGCACCAAGUCCCGCAGCACCCGUGUCAAGCUCGACCUCUCCCUCCCGCCCGAUCCCUCCUCCCAGUCGUCCAACGGCGACCACGCCCAGCCCUCCCCGCCGGCCCCCCUGCUCCGCGAGAAGGUCUUCCGCUUCUCCGAAUCGUCCAUCGACAAGAUCAAGUCGGCGAUCAACGCCAGCGCGCCGUCGGACGGCUCGAUGCCUUUCUCCACUUUCCAGGCAUUGUCCGUCCACAUCUGGCGCCACGUCACCAAGGCGCGCGAGUUGAAGCCCGAGGACGUGACCAUCUUCACCGUGUUCGCCGACUGCCGGAAGCGGGUCGACCCACCCAUGCCGGAGACCUACUUCGGAAACCUCAUCCAGGCCAUCUUCACCGGCACCGCGGCGGGGCUCCUGAUGGCGAACCCGCCGGAGUUCGGGGCGGGGAUCAUACAGAAGGCCAUCCUCGCGCACGACGCCAAGGCCAUCGAGGGGCGGAACAUGCAGUGGGAGAGCCAGCCCAAGAUAUUCCAGUUCAAGGACGCGGGGGUGAACUGCGUGGCAGUCGGGAGCUCGCCAAGGUUCAAGGUGUACGGUGUGGACUUCGGGUGGGGGAGACCCGAGGGGGUGCGGAGCGGGUCGAACAACCGGUUCGACGGGAUGGUGUACUUGUACCAGGGGAAGGGUGGCGGGAGGAGCAUUGAUGUGGAGAUCACUCUUGAGGCUGGGGCCAUGGAAAAGUUGGAGAUGGACAAGGAGUUUCUCGAGCCUUAUGUCGCUUACUAAAAACAAAGAAGGAAAACUUCAGUGCUUAAGUAGCUAAUCUCAAUAAACUAUCUUCAGGGGACCCAAAAUUCGUACAAUUCGAGGAUCGGGUGUGCAUCGGGCACUUGGAAAAUAUCAUUGGACUACGCGGGGAAUCAGUUUACCGCGAAUCUGACGAUGUUUACAUGUGUCUGAUGCGCUCCGAUUUUAGGACAUGAUGAAUUUUGAUCCCCCUCCCGGAUUUUAGCUAUUUGAACACCGGAGUUCCUCCUAAACUAUGACGAUUUUAAGUUGCAGCUUGGACUUGGGUUUAAGAUUGAUCCUCAGGGAUUGAUUUUGAGUUUUUCUUUGCUUGUUUUUAGCAACUAGUGGCUCUAUGAUGCAUUAUAUGUUGUCUAUAUCGGGUCUGUAAGUUCGUGUGAUGUGUCGUUAAGUCUGUGUUAGAUUUGAGAUUAUUAUUGAUUUCUGAGUGUUGUGAA